CCUUUAAAAAGGGAUCCCCCAAAAACUCCCAUUUCCCAUUCAUCAAAACUCAACCCCCCUCUCUCUCGUUCUCUCUGCAUUCACACUUUUGAUUUCAUUCAUCUCAUAACCGUUCUUUGCCAAACUUCUGAUUGACAUGGCUGAUUCAAUCAUUUCCAAUGGAUUUUCCAAAAAAAUUAAUACGUCCAUGAAGCAAGGGAAUGGAGUGUGCCAGGAUGGCAGCUCGUCGCCGAUCAAAGCCCAAACCAUUGAUGAACUUCAUAGCCUGCAGAAGAAGCGAUCCACGCCCAGCACUCCCAGUGGCUCGGUUUCGUCAGCUUUCUCUGUAAUAACUGAAGAGGAUCGCCAGCGACAACAACUUCAGUCGAUCAGUGCAUCGUUGGCAUCAUUGACGAGAGAGACUGGACCAAAGGUGGUGAAAGGAGACCCGGCACGAAAAGAAACAAGCACAAAGGUUGCACAUGUGGUGCAUCAUCAACUCGGACCUAACAUUAGCAUCAGUGAUAGCUCAAUGAAAUUCACACAUGUCCUCUAUAAUCUCUCCCCUGGAGAGUUGUAUGAACAAGCCAUUCGAUACGAGAAGGGCUCGUUUUUGACCUCAACUGGGGCAUUGGCGACUCUUUCUGGAGCCAAGACCGGACGAUCUCCAAGAGACAAGCGAGUUGUUAAGGAUGAGAAUACCGAAAAAGAACUUUGGUGGGGAAAGGGAUCGCCAAACAUUGAAAUGGAUGAGCAUACAUUCAUGAUAAACAGAGAAAGAGCAGUUGAUUACUUGAACUCUCUAGAUAAAGUUUUCGUCAAUGAUCAAUUCUUGAAUUGGGAUCCAGAAAACAAAAUCAGAGUUCGAAUUGUGUCUGCCAGGGCUUACCACUCGCUCUUUAUGCACAACAUGUGCAUUCGACCAACGGAGGAAGAGUUGGAGAAUUUUGGGACACCGGAUUUCACAAUAUACAAUUCUGGGCAGUUCCCUUGCAACCGUUUUACACAUUACAUGACAUCUUCAACUAGCAUAGAUGUGAGUCUAGCAAGAAAGGAAAUGGUGAUCCUUGGAACACAGUACGCGGGAGAGAUGAAGAAAGGAUUGUUCAGUUUAAUGCAUUAUCUCAUGCCCAAACGACAAAUUCUCUCCUUGCAUUCUGGUUGUAAUAUGGGAAAAGAUGGCGACGUUGCACUCUUCUUUGGCUUAUCAGGUACUGGAAAGACAACUUUGUCGACAGAUCACAACCGAUUCUUGAUAGGAGACGAUGAACAUUGUUGGGGCAAUAAUGGUGUCUCGAACAUUGAAGGAGGUUGUUAUGCUAAGUGCAUUGACCUUUCCCGAGAGAAAGAGCCUGAUAUCUGGAACGCCAUCAAGUUUGGAACCGUGUUGGAGAAUGUAGUCUUUGAUGAACACACUAGAGAGGUUGACUUUACUGAUAAAUCAGUAACAGAGAACACUCGAGCGGCGUACCCAAUCGAGUACAUACCUAACGCUUUGAUACCAUGUGUGGGGCCACAUCCAAAGAACAUUAUAUUAUUGGCCUGUGAUGCAUUUGGAGUGCUUCCUCCUGUGAGCAAGCUCACUUUGGCUCAAACCAUGUAUCAUUUCAUCAGUGGAUACACGGCAUUGGUGGCUGGGACAGAAGAUGGUAUAAAGGAGCCACAAGCGACAUUCUCGGCUUGCUUUGGAGCGGCUUUCAUAAUGUUACAUCCCACGAAGUACGCCGCUAUGCUCGCUGAAAAGAUGAAAACCCACGGAGCCACCGGCUGGCUCGUUAACACCGGCUGGUCAGGCGGCCGAUAUGGCUACGGUAGCCGUAUUAAGCUUUCUUACACUAGAAAAAUCAUCGACGCCAUUCAUUCCGGCGAGCUUCUCAAUGCAGAUUAUCACAAAACCAAAAUCUUCGGUCUUGAAAUCCCCAACGCCAUUGAAGGAAUUCCCUCCGAGAUUUUGGACCCAACGAACACUUGGUCGGAUAAGGAUGCGUAUGAUGAAACAUUGCUGAAAUUGGCGAGUCUUUUCAAGAACAAUUUUGAGACAUUUACCAGUUACAGGAUUGGUGAAGACAAUAGCUUGACAGAGGAAAUCCUUGCUGCUGGUCCGAUAUUUUAAAACAA